AUGCAUCGACUCAUCGUCCCAAAAUCCUCCGGGACGCAUCGAUAUGCUUGUCUGGCACUGUAUCGAGCACUGCUCCGCCAGUGCAGCAGAUUGCCAGGUGCAGUACCUGAGCUCCAGCCAUCCAAGUCGCUAAUCCAGCAAAAGUUCCAUAAGUACAAGAAUCUUCAAAGUCCGUCACAGACUGUCAAUGCCCUGAAAGCUGGAUAUGAGGCUCUCGACUUACUACAUUCAGCGUCUCAGGGCAAUGAACAUGACCGCCACCGUAUUGCGACACUAGUUCUGGAGAGCCAAUUGAUUAAAAAACAGACCACUGAGUUCCACAAAGCAUUAGCUAGCACGGUUCAACCAAGGCCUUUAUCCAAGAGAGAACUCAAGAAAGAAGAAUCGAGGCGCUUUCAAGAAAUGACUGCCCGAAGGCAUCCAGACGCCACCCCUAUCCUUUCCCGGCCCCGACCCAUGGUGAAUGGAAGACGCCGGGUCCCUGUGCUCGUCAGCGCACGGGGAAUCCCAUUCCUGCGCAUCAAGAAGCCCCAGCCCAAAAAUUUGAGCGGAGUCAUUCGGACAAAACUCGAUAAGCGCUGGCGUCGGAUAGAGCGCCGGGAAAAGCUCGGUGUUGAAAUAUUAUUCGCCAAGGACGAGGAUGAGUGGGAUCAGUUGACUCUUGGUCGGCCAGAGACAGAGACAUGGUCUGCCGAAAUCAAGAAAGCUUUGACCGAGGUGAAUACGCAGCUAAAGGAGUCAGAUUUAAAGAAUAAGGAGCUUGCCGAGGCGAUGUGGCAAGUCGUCCUUGCGGAGCGCAAAUUGGCUGCGGAAGAAGAAACACAGGGGUCAACCCAAGGAUGA